AUGCAGAUGUGGGUUAUACGAUCAUUCGUGGAGAAACUUCCUGUUCUUUUCGAGAAACCAACUAGUUCUUCCAACUGCAUUGGAUCUGCGCUGAAAAUCGUGCACGAAUUGAUAGCAGAAAUUGGGGGUCGUAUCACAGUGUUCCAAACCACGCUUCCAACGCUAGGUGCAGCUUCUCUGAAACCUAGAGAGGAUCCUAACCAAAGAGCCGGAAAUGAUGUUCAAAAUUUGGUCCCGGCUACCGACUUCUACAAAACUCUCGCCUUGGAAUGCACGGGACAUCAAGUUGCUCUAGAUUUAUUCUUGUUGAAUACCCAUUAUGCAGAUCUUGCUACCUUA